GAAAUCGAUAUUGUAUUGAACAAGCAUCAGUUGUUAUUCAGAAAGAUGGUGCCUCUGUAACAGGUACUGUUUUCUGUGAAGAGGAUCAGUUGCCAUAAAAACUAGAACAUUCACUGUGCAAAGUAUUGUUAAUUUUUCGGAUAAGUAACCUAACAUGGAUAACCAGACAACAAAUUUUACCAUUGUGGCUGCAGAAAAAUCACUCUGGGGUAAAAUAGAGGAAUUCUAUUCCGACAAUAACAACAUGGCGAUGUACCUGGUCCUGCCAUUGAUUGUCAUAGUAUACGGUGGAUGUAGUCUAAUAUUCUGUAUUCACAAGUGCAUGCAGUAUUGCAAAAAGACGAAGAGAAAGAAAGACAAAAAAGCUUUAAUCAAAGAAAACCGCAGAAGCAGCAUAGUUACUGAGCGUCUGGUGGGAAGCCGACCGAGAUCUCUGGCGAGCAUUCACCCGGAGGUCAAUCAAACAAACGAACAAAAACGCGAAACAACCCCGUUACCAUGGCAAAUUCUAGAUGAAUCUGAAACAGAGCAGAAGAAAACAGAAGAAGCUCCGCUCAAAGAAAACAAUCGUUCACAUAAGGUCACGCGGACACACACUGGUAAAACUCCCCCUCCGCCCUACAAGGAGGUAGACGACACGAUUUAUUUGAGUGGUCCUCAACAUCCGGGGUACCCAAGUUCCGGCCACAAUUACCACACAAAGAAGCAAGAUUACUCGCCAUUGGAACUCACCAAGCAAUUACUAAGGAUUGGGGACGACGACAAGAAUAUAAUCAAAGGAAGAAAGAAAAGGCUGGUGUUCACUACAGACUAAUAUGUGCUACGUCCAAUGCUUUGAAGAUCCAAAAUGUGAUAUGUAUAUAUAUUCGUUGCUGAAAUCUAUUUUUGAUGAAAAAUAUAUAUUUCAACAUAAUGAUAACUUUUCUUGAAGCCUUUUUGUUUAAAUUAUUGUUCUUCAUAGCAUUUAUAUAUUUUCAAGAAGUUCACAUUGUCUCACGUGUUAUAUUUUAAAAGUGAGGAUACUUGAUUGUACCUGAACAACAAACUUUAACCGGAAAUCAGUGUAAAUUUCAAAGCCAAUGCCUGUGAAAGUUUGAAGAAUUCGUCAAACUAAGAAUAUUUUACACGAGAGGGCAGAUGGUUUUUGUUUUAAGAAAGUAAUAUAUUUAUCAUGAUGAUAUGUAUUCACAUUUUGAAGUCAUCUUUAAAAUAACGAGGAAAAGCACUUUUCCUAGUGAGUACAAUUUUGAAAUUCUAAUAUUUAUCUAUCGAUCAUUAUUUGAUUUUGAUUCAUUUUAAAAAGUUUUUAACUUUUCACAACUUACUGAACUGUUAUGCAACAUACACUUAAUCUUCACGUCAUAGAAAUAUGACGUUACUAUUUCCCCGCAAGCAUUUUAAGCAUGGUACAAGUUUCUCUAAAGUUGAGCUUAAAUAAUAUUAUGCCGUAAUAUUUUAAUAAGAAAACAACUUUUCUUAUUUUAUGAGGUUUGUAGCGGGUAUAAAAUAAAAGGAAAUUGGCAUUAAAUUAAAAAUUAAAUGAACUUUUUAAAGUGCGUGAAAAUGCGUGAUUACGGGGAAACGGUAUAUAUAUGCGUGAUUUUGCGUUAGAAAUAGGAAAUGGUAUAUGCGUUAAAAUACGUGACUGCGGGGAAGGGGUUAAAGAAAAAAAUAAUGAAAAAUUUUAUAUAACAAGUGCAAAACAAGUGUUGUAUUGAUUAAUUUAAAUUUAGACAUUUUAUUUGAAUCGAAAUUGAUUUUCUUUUGUAAAUACAUGUAUAUAGUGUUUAUUUAUAAAAUACGAGGGUCAUUAAAAAGACGUACCUAGAAAU